GUCUAAUUGCCUGUUUGUGACCAGGUAUUUCAAUUAUCUCCUGGUGUGGGUACUAGCUAGCGUGUGUUUACAUACCCAUUGGUGACACAAUGCACUUAAAUAAACAUCUAGGGUUUGGUUACUUGUUAAUUAAAGUUAAAAAGGCACUUUUUACAGCUGAAUAUAUAUUUGGCCCUUAUAGGCCCCUAGCAUGAAAUGACAUCGGGAUCGACCUCGAACGUCUAUUUUCAAAAUGGCGCUCAAUCACUGGACAGAAAAACGUGAUGUUUGUGUUUUAGAUUUUAAUGUAUAUUCAAUAAAUAUCAAAGCAAGAAUGGCUUCCAAAUUGUCUUUUGUUUCCUUGGUGCUAAUUGGAGUGACCUUGACAUGUUGGACAGUCGCCAUGUUAACACCAGGAUGGCUUGUUGUGUACAUCACCAAUGAACUGUACCCAAAGGGAAUGAAGGCAGCCUUCAGUAUAUUUUAUUAUCAGAUGUGUUACCCCUCUGAAGUGUGCAAAUCUGAUUCUUUAUCCUCUUCCAAGGAAGAUAACGCCGCCUACUCACCCGGCAUGCCUCAUUUUGUGGAGAUUCAGCUAGAAGCUUGCUUUGCUAUCAUCGUGUGUUGUGCUGGCUUUGUCCUUCUCCUGGUGAACCAAAGAUCUGUCCUCCUUAAAUCUUCACGUGUCGUUGUUGGUGGCAUUCUUGUGUUUCUAGGAGUGGUCUCUGAAUCCACACUUCUCGGACGGAUGAUCAAUGCAAACCUGAAGACAAACGACCAAUUCUCACAACUGCAAAAAGAUAUCCCAGUCAACUUACCUUUUACCGUGGACUAUCGAUUGGGAGUUCAGUAUUCUAUCAUCCUGGCCUGGCUCGGUGUCAUUUCCGGCAUCAUCUCCUGCAUCGUUCUGGCCUGUGUCUACUGUAGAAGUCGCGGUGCGUCUUCAGAAGAACAUCAAGUGUUGGAGGUGUACCCGCCAGUCACUCAAAAUUAUCAACAUCUUCAGGAGAGUUAUUGAAAUCAAGAGCACUGGAAUUUUUAUUUGAGAUUUCAUUUGAAUUUCUUAGAACCUCAUGAGGAAAACUCUUGCCUAAAUAUUAACAUGUAGUAUUGUACAAUCAUGCACAAAUAAUUGCAUUUGAUGUAUUUAUUUGAGAUUUAAUUUGAAUCUCUGAGAUCUUCAUAUUGGUUUUGAAGACUAUAAAUGCCAAAAUCUUCACAUGUAUGUAGUAUAAUUGUAGUCUCUAUUAAUUUUUUAUUCAUUAUGUUCUGUACAUAUUUGCAGAUGAUCUGCAGAAAUCACUGUUUUUCACCAUUUUUCUGUUCAUUCAAAAGAGUUUAAUUUUUGCAUAAUAGUUCGAGAAGACCUUAUAUGGCUAUUGUUAUUAUUUCGCACAUAGUCAUUGUCCAAUCUGAUGACAGAACAACAAAACAUGCUGGUUUACUUCGUUUACGUGUUACCACAGACACGUGGUAUAGGUCAAUUUACCUGUUAUAGUUUUCUACAUUUCAAACUUUCAUAAUGGUCAGUCAAGGCUGUUGAUAGUUUAUAAUACGCAUGAAUUUUCAGCGUUUACGUUUUUAGGACAAGAAAUGCACAGUCAUGAAACUUGUAUUCACUGAUACUCGGAAAUAUGUGUAGACCUAGCGAAUUGCUGACCAAACAUACUACAAAACUUUAAAAUAAUUUAUAUUUAUCAAUUGUUUGUAACUGUAACAGUAUGUUCAAUUCCCAAAGUGUUAAAUGCAUGUAUAAUGUCAGUUUUGAUAGUCAUGAAAUGCAAACUCUUCCUAAAUGUACAUCUCUAAACAUAUAAUGAAAUUAAGGAGUGUAUUUCCUUUCAAUUAGGAUUCCAUAUUAUUGUGGAAUGUUCCAUGAUGUUUGCAGGACACACUAAAUUUGAUCCUUACAGGCAUUUUGGAGUCUGGAAAGUAAAAUGACAUUCAUCUACAGCAGAAACCAUGAAUAAUAUAGCAGACACAGUCCGUCAUUCACCCCACAGAGGCCAUAACAUUCCUCAGCUCGUGUCAGAUCCACAAACACCUGUGCAAUUUAGGGACUGGAAGUCGUACUUUGAACAGCUCUUCAAACUCUUGAAAAACAUUCGAGGCUAUCAUCAUUUCCGAGUAAGUGCUGAGACUCCUGGUUUUGUUGAAUGUAAUGAGCUCUGUAAUUCUGUUCCUUUCAGUGUCAAUCUCCUGAAAGAUCAGAAUAUCCUUCCCUCCGUAAAUGAUCCUCUGCCUCAAGAAAUCCUAGCACCUAGUCUUGAGCCCAAGAGGCAAUGGUACUUAUAUGAAGAAAUCCGUGAACAUUGUCUAUCACUCUCUGCUAAAGAAACAUCAUGUCCAAAACCAGCUGUACCAAAGAGAGGUGAAAGUUUAUUCACCUGAUCAUUCCGCGUCAAACUUGGGGAAAAGGAAAAGUCUUCUCCUUAGAUGAAAGGGAGAGUUAUUGUGUGUAACAAAGAUAAGAAGUAAAAUGUAUACAUGUAGUUCCUAUGGUAUUACCUCUAGUAAUAUGUUACAUUGAUGUACUUUUCUGUUAGUCAAAUUUCAUUGCUUUAAAACAUUUGUUGGAAUUAGUACUUUUACCAAACUCAGCAACUGUUUACGUAAGUUGAGUCCUAUAUUUACGAGUAGUGUUACAUCUCAACAGUUAAAAAAUGUGUAACAUUAUGAAAAUUGUUAUCUGAUGUUUGCACCUUCUUUGUGAAUUUUUUCUUUAAAUGCAUUUUGGAUAUAUUUAGUAUAACAAAAAAUAUUACAAAGCUUUGUCAAAAAUGAUUUUCAAGGGAUACUACUUUCACACUACCCCCCAAAAAUGUACUAUUUUAAUAUAAACUUUAUAAACUUUAUACAGAUGCAUACAUCUGUAAUAUCAUGACAGUACAUUUUGAUUUAUAAUGUACAUGUUUGCAAUAUCCAGAAUGUCUGUUUUAAAAAUAAUGAGCAGCUUUUCAUUUUUUUUUUGACAGCUGUCAAAGAACCUCUGUCUUUCUGUAUUUUAUGUGAUACCUGGUGUAUUUUUAAGGAAUCACUGUCUAGUUAGUAUAGUAUGCCAGGGCAUCAACAAUAGUGGGAAACAUGGGGUAAUUUGCAUAACGGGCGAAGCCCGUUAUGCAUGGAUUAUCCCAUGUUUCCCACUAUUGUUGAUGUCCCUGGCAUACUAUACUAAGUAGACAGUGAUUCCUUAUAUUUCCACUUCAUUGUGAAAUAAAAUUGUAGAUUUUGACUUAAAACAUGUAGACAUAGAUUUAAAUUACACGAGGAUUCCCAUCCCAAUUUCAAUAGUCCUCGCCCACUGACGUCAAACACAAAGGCAGCCGCACGAGAUUUUCAUGUAUAUUUGGUCUCCUUAGCGUCAGACUCAGAGACAGAUGCGCACGAGAUUUGCAUGCUUAUUGGGCCUCCUUAGCUCCUGACAUAUUGAAAUGCCUAAUUUACAUUCCGGUAGAAUUAUCAAGAUAUUAACUACGCUAACUUUCAAAGGGUUAUCACAGAGAGAAAAAUUAGAAAUGGAAAUAUUGUCAUAUAACUACAAAUAAUUUGUUAUUUUGGAAUGUAAUUUCAAUUUGCAUAUUUAUCUUGAUAAUAAUUAUUGUGCAUUUCUCGACAUGUUUCUAGAGUUUAUUUUAUUGAAAAUAAAUGAUUGAUUGGA